UGAAUCAAUAAUGAUCUUUAUCCUGUAUAUACCACGUUCAUAGUGUUCAUGGAGCGAAUCUAACCUAUUUAGCAAAUAAUAUUAAACACAAAUUGUAAUAUAAAUGUUAAUUUAAAAUGUCUGAGAUAGAAAUAUUGAGUAGUGUUAUAUCUACUAUUGAUAAUAAUACUAAAAAGCCGGAAGAAUUUCUUAAUGUACAAAAUGAAGUUGCUUUGAAUUUUAAAGAUUCUGUAAAACGUUUGUAUGAUUUUACAAAAGAACAGUCUAAAAGGAACACGAAUGCUUUACCUGAACUUGUAACGGAAGGUUUUGAUGAAGAACAGAUUUGGCAACAGCUUGAAUUACAAAAUGAAGGAGAACUUGAACAUUUCAUUAGUGGUAUCUCAAAGGUUUUGGCUGGGAAUAAAAAGUUAACAAUACCAGUGAGUACAACUAAACCAGAAAUUGAGCAAAGCAGCGAGGAAAAUGAAAUGGAGAAUGAAGAAAACGAUGAAGAAAAUAUUACGGAAGAAGGGAGUUCAGAAGAGGAUGAUGUAGAAAUGAAAAGUAUUUUACAGACACGAAAGAAAGAUGUCCGAAAAAAUAAAAAAAAACCAUCCAUAGUAGAUGAUAAAUUUUUUAAGUUGCAAGAAUUGGAUGAGUAUUUGACUAAAGAAGAGAAGAAAGAGACACAAAAUGACAAGAACAAAGAUGAAUCUGAUGAUCAGUCAGAUGAUGAAUCAGUAGAUUUAUUUAAUGACUACUCUGAUGAGGAUGAGAAAACUGAAGAAGGGAAAUUAUUGAAGUAUGCAGAUUUCUUUGACAGUCCACAAAGCGAAAAUGAGGAGCAUAAUGAUUCUGUACAUAAGGAUACAGAUGAUGAUAAAUCAUUACAAGACAGUGAUUUAGAUAAUGAAAUGGACAUAGACAGUGAAGCAGAGAAUGACAAAACCUCUAAGAAAAAGGUCACAUUUAAUCUGACAAAUGAUUCUGAUGAAACAGAUAGCUUAGAUAACAAAAAUGUAAGCACGAAGGAAGAUAAUGAAAAUAAAUCAACCUUUGAAACUCGUCAGGAAAGGUUAAAGGAAAGGAUCCAAAAAUUAGAGGAGCAGGCUCUUGCAAAGAAAGCUUGGCAGCUUCAGGGUGAAGUAAGUGCAGCAAACAGACCACAAAACUCUCUGUUAGAAGAAUUCGUAGAAUUUGAUAUUACAACCCGGCCAGCACCUGUAAUUACUGAAAAAACUACAGUGAAAUUAGAAGACAUAAUUAGACAAAGAAUAAAAGACAAGGCUUGGGAUGAUGUUGAGAAGAAAUUCAAACCGGUUGAAACUCCAUUAGAAUAUAAGAAGAAAUUGAUUUUGGACCAAGAAAAAAGUAAACAAAGUUUGUCUGAGAUUUAUGAAAAUGAAUAUCUCAAACAAAAGGAAGCAUUGAAUCCAGACAAUAAUGAGAAAGAAGAAGAAGAACCAAAAUCACAUAUUGAAAUUAGAGAAUUAAUGCAUUCUUUAUUCAUUAAGUUAGAUGCCUUAUCCAACUUCCAUUACAUACCAAAACCAGCUAAACCAGAGAUUAAAAUUAUCAGUAAUAUUCCUGCAAUUAAUAUGGAGGAAGUUGCUCCAGUAGGGAUGAGUGAUGCUGCCCUAUUAGCUCCAGAAGAAAUUAAAGCUAAACCACGAGGUGAUCUCAUCGGUAAAGCAGAAAGAACCAAGACAGACAUGAAGCGCGAACGAAGACGCAAGAAGAUGAAGCAACGUGCACGACAACAGGCUAUAGAAAAGAAGGAGAAACUGAACGCAUUGAAACCAGGAAUUGCUAAGAAAAAGAAGAAGGAUGAAGAGUUAGUGAAAAAGUUGACUAAGAAUCGCAAUGUGAUAACGAUGGACGAAACAAAUUACAAAGCUCCAAAAUCGUCCACUGCAUUCUUCAACCAAUUACAAGAUCAAGUGAAAAGUCACAUCAAAGCAAAGACUGAUACUGAUAAAAAGAAGAAACAGAAGAAUAAUUUGUCUGCUGUUAAGCUAAAGUUGUAAUUUUUAUAUGAAUUUAUUUAAAUACAAAAAUAUGUUGUAUUGUUUAUA